UCCAAGCACCCAGAAUACGAACACCUAUGCGUUUCACAACAAGGCGACGCUCAGCAGUCACUGUGAUGAGUUUAAGUAACGCCCACAAGCAUUUGAGUUUCAUCUAUAAGCCAGCAACAAAUUCAAUACAAAACGAAACACCCUAGUGAUGAGAGAGAAGGAUCACUCACCAAGAAAAAUGCUACCCAGCCCUAAGCAAGGGUCCGUUUAUCCAUUAUUAGGCCUUGUGCCCACCACUACAUACGCAUCACAAGUACCUUAUGACCUAUCGGUGACGGCGACGCGCACCUCAACGGCUGAUUUGGGCUCUUCGCCACUCUCGCUCACCAUAUCUGCCUUAAGUCAAAGCCACAAUGAAGCAAAAAACCGUAAGCGUUGCAGCAAUUACGAUCAGCCGCUCGAUCUGCGACUGGCGCAUAAAAAGCACGACGGCUCCAAUGCAAGCGGUGCUUCCUCACCGCUGGAGGAUGAGAAUAGCAAUCUCAUAUACAAUAUCACGAACUACAACAACUCCAACUGUCACACCAAACCCACAAACGCUGCGUCGCCCAGCAAUCAUAAUGCGCAGCAUGCGAAAACGCCGUCGCAAACUGCGCAGAUAUUAAACUGUCGCUCACAACGCGAAGUCUCACCGACGGAUGUCGGUUGUGAGAAGGAGCUUAAUAACAACACGCUGCCAUCGCUAUGUGCUGACGCAAUUGCCGCCAAUCUGGAAAGUCUGAGCGGCAAGCAUAACAAACGCUUACGCACACAAAAGUCCGAAUUGGGUGUGGCAUGCUUGCGCAUCACAGAGUCAUUGCAUUUGAAUGCCGCCGCGGCAGCAGCGGCUGCCGAUCGACUGCCAUUCGUCUCGUCCGCUUUGCAUCCCACACUGCUAGAGGCGAUGGCGAAGGCCAUACCACUGCCCUACCGUAACCCGUUUGUGCUACCGCGUCCACCUACAGCCAGUUCCUUUUCUUUUCUGCAACCACCGCUGCAGAAGGAAAUGCUGCCCGGUUCGAUGCAGCUGUCGCAGUCACCCUCUAACGAGACGCCGCUCGAAUUCCAUUUCGACAGUAGCGGCGGCCGCGGCAAUUUUUCCGAUGCGCUAACUCAUCCGCAAGUCAGCGGAAACAUGAGUGCCAACCCAAAUAAGGCGGCACUUAAUGCGGGUAAUGCCAACAGCGGGUGCGCGGCUGGUGGUGCAUCGAAACACUUGCAACAGCAAAUCAGCCACAAUCAGCAGCAAUUAAACCAUCAUGCGCGUCAGCAGCAACUUGCAAACACCGCUGGCAAUCGCGCAACGCUAACUGCGGACGGCGUGGCUAUGCAUCACAACAGCAAGAAAUCAGUGGCCGCGUCACGUGCCACUCUGCAUCCGAACGCAGCCGGCAACUCGGCAACAGCGCAGUAUAAAAGCAAAGAUCGAUACACAUGCAAGUUUUGCGGCAAAGUCUUUCCGCGUUCCGCCAAUCUAACUCGCCACCUACGCACACACACCGGCGAACAGCCGUACAAAUGCAAAUACUGUGAACGUUCCUUCAGCAUAUCCUCGAACUUGCAACGUCAUGUGCGCAACAUACACAACAAAGAGCGUCCAUUCAAAUGCGAAAUCUGUGAACGUUGCUUUGGCCAGCAAACGAAUCUAGAUCGUCAUUUGAAGAAGCACGAAAGUGAUGCGGUCUCGCUAGGUCUGGGCAUGAACGAGCGCAUACGCAGUCUGCGUCGCGGUGGCUACUGCGACAAUCCUACUGAAGAAUCCUACUUCGAAGAGAUACGUUCCUUUAUGGGCAAGGUGACACAGUUACCACUCGGCGCUACUGCUGCAGCGGCCGGCUCGACAAUAAACCAAUCCACGACGGCCGGUAAUCAGGCGUUAGCACCGAAAUCACCAUCGACACGCAGUUCCACCUCCAGCAGCUCGGAGCGCGAUUCAUCCACCAGUGGUGGCGGUUUGCAAAUAGUGCAAAACGAUUUGUUUCUAGAACCAGAAGCGGAAGCGGAGGCCGACACCGAAAUCGAAACGGAAGCCGGUGAGGAGUAUGUGGGUAGAGCAACUGCUAAUGACAUGCAUGUGACAACCGAGCCAGUAAAUGUCUGUAAAGAUGAUGACGAAACGACAACAACUACAAAGUCAAUAACUACUGCAACAACACCAACAGCAGCAGCUGCGACAAAAAGAGAUGCCAACCGUACUGCGCGACAGUCGGGUGACAAAAGUUUAUACUUUGCGCAAACGGAAGUGUGUUUCAAACGUGACAGCAGCAGUAAUAGUGGCAGCCCACUAUGCGCCACCUGACCUGGCUGCCGGCCACAAUUGGUACGCCCACAAUGCCUGCGUCUUUAGUUUGUAGUAUGGAUUUUAUUGUAUGUAAUUAAAUGUAAUAAUAAUGUAUUCGUGAAUUACGAUGCACGCGUAGCGGCAUAUUUCUAUGUACAGUUAGAUUUAGACACAAAUAUUCUCGAUUUGUAUGCUAUGAGUGCUAUGAGUUGUAAGCCUACGCAUUUUUCACUCUGAGAUUUAUUUGAUUGGCCAGUAUCGAGAGUAAAAGUUCACACGAGGAUCAAAGAGAACAAUAACUACAAUAAGUACUGUAACCUAACAGUUUUUCCAACCAGAAAUGGAGUCCCUGUUUUCAAAUGUGUCCUUUAGCAACUUUCGGAGAACUACAGAUUUCAGUAAUGUCAUUUAAUGGACGUUUAAAAAACCUUCCGUAAAUCGUUUCAUACAAAAAUAAGCGCGGAAAUUGCAUAUCUUGAGGCGUGCACGCUUCCUUUCUACUUUUAAAGGAUAAAGCAUUUCCAAUGUGUAAACUACAAAAUUUUGACUUUAAUCCUACUUUUAUGUAUAUUUUUUAAUAGCAACUUCCUUGUACGUAAAAUAUAUUUACAAUUAGCGCUUGUGUAACAUAUGUGUUUCUAUAAGAAAAUCCUUUUGUACUUAGUCCUACUUUUACAUGCACAUAAAUGUAUAUAUGUAUGUAGUUAUAUGAACUUUUUAGGUUAUAUAGAAAUACUAGUUUCUUUGUGUAGCAUAUUAACGAGUGCCUUUUGUGUAUUUAGCUCGUGUAAACACUCAAUCAACAACCUAUUUCUUAAUCGUUAAAUUAUUUAAGUUACUGAAAUUUUUGUUAAAAAUAGUUUAUAUAUUAUUUGUUUAUCUUAAGUACCUUUAUUAGUUUG